UAAAGUAAAAUAUAUAUAUAUAUAUUUUGGUCCAAAUCCUUGUGAUGAUUGCUGACAUCACAAAGGUUGAACACAGGUGGAAUUCAGCUUUUUAUCAGUUUUAUCCUCUCAGAAUUCUAUAAAGUUUUUAAUAUUAAGAGAAGUGAAAUUAUCUAUUUUAUAUGGGGCCCUAUUUUAUUGAUCUGUCUGCAAGUUAUCAACCGCACAUCGCACAGCUUAUUUAGGGCGUGUCAGUGUGUCUUUGGUAUCGUGGCGACUCAAAAAAAUAUGGUUUGCAUGACUCCAAAUGCACAAAUGUUCUCUUAAUUAUUUAUAGGUUUGUUUUGAGCAUAACGUGAAAAAGAGCCCCGCGCUCGGCGAGAGAGCCCCAUGCCCGGCGAGUGAGCCCCCCACCCGGCGAAGCUAUGCCCCGCGCUCGGCGAGUGAGCCCCGCGUGAAAGACAGCUCGUCCCUAGUGAGCACCUCUAGUGGUGGUGAUAAAUUACCUGACUGAAUAAGCUAGCCAGUUAGCUUACCUGUUCAGGAGAAAAGUAGCAGUUCUGGGUCAGUCUUGUAGUUUAUUUGAGCUCUAAGUCUCCACCGUGUAAACUCACAGCCAAUAUUCACUCUAGUUAAAUUCCUUCUUUGGUCACUGAGCAUUUUGAGACAUGCUUUUAGGUAUUCUGAAUAUAAAGUUUUCUUGUUGUUUUUUUUUGUUUGUUUGUUUUUUCAAAAUUUUCCCAUUUUCUCCCCAAUUUUGCACAGCCAAUUGCCCAAUCCACUCAUUAGGAUACCCCAACAGGGUAUCUAACACGUGAAGACUAACACAUGCUUCCUCCAAUACAUGUGAAGUUAGCCACACUUCUUUUCGAGCUGCUGGGGAAUACAGAAUAUUGAAAUACCAGACACUGUGGUGCACUGUGGAAACUAACAAAAAAGAUACCUGUUGUCACACUUUUUAACACUACAUCAUUAGUAUCAUUAUUGGAUGGUAAAGAGGCAGUGAAACGAGUGUUUGAAGGGGGGGGGGGACUGUGUUCUGGUUUACAGCUGCUUUAACUGCUUUUGAGGGCAGGGUGUCUGCUGAGCUCAGUCUGAGAAGAUAUUUGACCUGUUACGAGUUUAAUGGUGAUGGUGAUGUUCAGCUGCGACUUCAGGAUGUAUGUUUGGCCUCUGCUGCUGUGGUUAGUUAAUGCUGUGUUGACAGACUCAAAUCCCUCCAUCGUGACUCAGUGGCCAGAUGUGGUGGUGGUAACAACUGGACAGACCGUUACUCUAAACUGCAGCGUGGUUGAGUUAUAUUCACCGUGCUGCAGUGUGACCUGGUUGAGAACCUACUCUGAUAACAUGACCCUGAGUAAAACCGACCCGUCUAAAGUCACUAUAAAGUCUUCUUCAUACGGAUGGACUGAGGUGUGCUCUGCAGUCAUCUCCAGUCAGACAGUGCAGGAUUCCGGCAUGUACUACUGUGUGGUGGUGCAAGGCAAGUUUGCCCACAUUGGCAACGGUUCCAGGGUUAUUGUGAAGGAUCCCCUUGUGUCUCCAGAAGUGGAGGUCACCUCUUCCGUGAGUUCCAGUGCCUCCAUCGUGUCUCUGCAGUGUCUUGUCACUGGCGUUUUGCCAGCUCAGGUCAGGAUGUAUUGGCUCCUCGAUGAAAGGCAGGUGAUGGGACACACUCACUCUACACUGACAUACACGUACAGUAAUGCCCCCGAGUUUACCAUCAACCAGCUGAUUAUUUCUGCUGAAGAGUGGCAGAGGCAUCGGCUGUGUGUGUGCGUGGUGGAGUACGGCAGAGACACCUUCAACAAGACGCUUCAGCCACAUGACACAUGCAGUGUGUGUGGUGUUCUAAAACACCUAUACAUGACUCUGUCUUUGGUCUCCUGUCUUCUGAUUUUGAUAAUAAUAGCUGCAAAGUUGGCUUUGAAAUUCAAAAAUCAACAGAGGAACUGAAAAGAAGAGAGGAUUAUAUGAAUGAAAUGAAAAACUAUAACUGAACCUUCAUAAAGAAUUACAGAAAGAUUUCAUGUAUAUCCUCUUUCAGUCUUAUGUUAAAGGUAACAAUAAAAAAGUUAAUUAAA